UCCAGCGCCUCUUCGCACGUGUUUUGCAGCAUGGUGUUGUCAUGCCACCUAGGCGCCCAGUUAAGAGAACGUAGUUUACCCAAAUAGUUGAGCAAUCGUAUGGCCUGCCGUCGGUGCGAACCGUGGCCGUCAAAUGUGGUGUUCUGUGCUGGGCGCGUGGUCACCCAGGACAGCUGUUAGAACGGUGUUUGUGCAAGUGUGUUGGCGCUCCAAGUGGGCUGUUCUUAUUAUUUUAUGCCAGCCGUUAUUAGUUUUCCCUUUCGUUCUAUAGGUAGAGAGAGAUAUCGUCGCAUCCCCCCGGUUGAAAAUGCUGUGUUGCUUCGUGUGACGUUAAAUGCACACACGAGCACGCGCACAGCGGCUGCGGAUGUGGGCGUCAGCCACAUGACGGUGAACCGGAUUUUGAGGGGCCAUGGGUUGCACCCAUUCAAAAUCGGACACCACCAGGCCCUCAAACCAGGCGAUCCACCGAGGCGAUAUGCCAUGUGCGAAUGGUUUCUUGACAGGAUUGAAAAUGUGGAGAAUCCAGGAGACGACCCGUUUCUUGCGAGUGUGCUGUUCAGUGAUGAGUGCACUUUCAGAAGUGAUGGAGGCGUUAACCGCCACAACGCUCAUCACUAUUCCGGGGAAAACCCUCAUUCCUUCCAGCCAAACCAUGUUCAGGGGGGGUUUAAUGUCACCGUUUGGGCCGUGGGUGACCAAGUGAUAGGGCCGUAUUUUUGGCCGGAUAAUGUUACUGCUGAGGAGUAUGGUAACUUGCUCAACUAUGAGCUCCCCGACAUGUUGGACGAGGUCCCACUUGAAAUUCGCAGAAGGAUGUGGUUCAUGCAGGAUGGGCAUCCAGCUCACACAUCACUGCUUGCUCGGGGGCUUCUCAACAGGGACUAUCCCGGAAGGUGGAUAGGGAAGUAUAGCCCUACUGUCGAGUGGAGCCCUCGCUCGCCUGAUUUGACCCCACUAGACUUUUUUCUGUGGGGUUACAUUAAAGACAGGGUUUAUGGCACAGUCCCGGAGGACCGUGACACUCUCAUGGCCCGGAUUACGGUUGCCUGUGACGAGGUGACACCUCAAAUGUUGCACAAUGUCAGGAAUAACCUGGCUAGACGGCUAACUCUGUGUGUAGAGAACAUGGGGGGCCAUUUUGAACACGGGGGCCAAAAUGAUCCCCACAUUCCUGAGUAGAGUGUACCUUUUUGUUGAAUUGUUUAAUACGGACUUCUCUAGUCAGAGAUUAACUAUUUUUUGUUAGUGUUGAAUAUG